AUGGUGGCACAUUUUACGGUGAGCUUGCACCUCACAGCGAAUGCGUCGAGCCUUGCUUGGAUGUUGCUUGGUUCCUUACCCGUCUUUACAGCCGAGCGGUUCUUGCAGCGCACCGCUGCGGGAAUCAACCUCCGAGGGAUCUCCGGGGAUGGCCCAUUGCAAUGUCGGGGAGUGCCCUUGCCAUCCCUCGUGCCGCUGCCACUCUUGCCAGGAGCCCCUUGGUUCGGGUCGCGGAUCGUUCGUCUGGCGGCAGGAUCAACUGCAGGCCUUUCCUUGGCAGCGCUGGCAAGGCUCUCCUCUCCCUUUGCUGCUGCUCUGGGCGGGUGCGCGGAGACCGUUCUGCUGCUCGUCAGAGCGGCGUACGCCUGCAUCUGGAUCUGCGACUGGCGCCUGCAGCAGAUGUGGCGCAAGAGGAAGUAG